AUGAAUCCAGAUUGGUUUGACGCUGCAAUGAUAGAAAAGGAAAUAUCAUUUUGCAAACAAAAUUUGCUGGUAACCGAAAAGGGUAAGGCACUGAAGACAUACUUGGUGGAUUCAGCCCUGUUGGCUUUGAUGAGCGCGGGCAAUGCAGUUUCGAGGGAACUACUUGUGGAUCACAGGGGAACAAAUAACACACAACUCAUAGCUUAUGGAGGUCAUGAGACAGAAAAUAAUAGUAGUCUAGUCUUGCUAUUCGAUACAAUGACAAAUACAUGGUCACGACCGAUAAUUUCAGGAACGCCUCCAAUAAGGCGAAAAAAGACUCAGGCCGUGAUCGAUUCUGGCGGGAAAAUGUACAUCUUUGGCGGGUCCAUAGAUCGUCCAACUCUAAAAUUUUAUAGUGAUAUGUUAAUAUUGGACACGGUCUCCUGGACAUGGAGUGUUUUGGUGUUUAAUAAUUCUCCUUCUCCGAGAGACAGCUUCACGGCCGUAAUGCUAUCUUCCGGGGUCAUUGUUUACAUUGGAGGACGCCUGUCGGAUGGGAAUCACGUUCCAAUGUAUCAGAUACAUACAUUCGACACGCUUACACUCUCAUGGAAUCUGAUGAAUGCCACCGGAACCAUUCCCUCAUCACGUUGCGGAGCCUCAUCUGUUUUAACGAUUGAUGGUCGAGUAUUCAUCUUUGGAGGUUUCGUGAGAUCUGCCGAGGAUCUUUAUGAGGAAGCCUAUCCCGAUUUGGCUGUCUUAGAUGUCACGAAAUCGCCAUAUGAGUGGUCCAUACCGCGAACAACAAAUUCCGCGCCUCCAUCGCUUAGUUGGCACACGUCUGCUCUGGUCAAUGAAAUAAUGAUUAUUGCAUCUGGAUUCAUCGCAAAUAAUUUAAAAAACUCAAUGACAUAUAUGCUAGACACAAGAAGUCAUGAGUGGAUUACAUCGAAUCCCGUGCAUAGUCUUUCGUAUCAAAUGAUCAAACGUGAUUCCAGUAGCAAUAAUACAAUAUCAUCCUCCAUCGGUGGGCCAGAGAUUGUUGGUAUAACGAUUGGCGUGAUAGUCUUUGUGAUACUCAUGGCGUUGUUUGCACUAUGUUUUUAUUUUCGAUAUAAGAAGGAAAAGGCCGCUGAUUCAUCGUCAUCACCAUCGGCACCUCCAGCAACAAUAACGAAUCGUGGACGGAAUAACAACGAUCAGCAACGUUCGAAGAAAUCUCGAAGAACACGAAAAAAACAAUUACCGCCUCAAAAACACAUGAUUCAGUAUCAAUUCGUCCCGGAUUCACUCUCCUCAUCAUCGACCCCACCUAAUAAUAAUAAUCAUUACCAAAUCCCACCUCAACCUCAACCAUCUGUCAUGCCAACAUUUCAACCAUCUCCAAUACAACAAAAUUCGUUUCCUUCUCAAUCACAACCCUCGUUUCAACAGCCUCCAGUGGAUAUUGUUCUAGUAGAUGAGCAUGUCCCGGCGGAUGAUCAUGUCUCGGUAGAUGAGCGUUUUCCGGUGGAUGGGCUUGUCCUAGUAAAAGAAGAGCUUGUUUCAGUAGAUGAACUUGUCUCGGCGUAG